CCCGCGGAAGCCCCUCCCGGUUAGCCGUUAGCUUCCUAGCUCACUACCGGACGACAGCAGGAGUAUCCGGGGAAACGGAGCAGAAAACCCGGGCAGAGGACGGUAUGAGCCCUGCGGAGGACAACAGAGGAGCGCGGUGACCGGACAGCGAGUCUGCCGCCAAACGAAUCGUUUCACGGCGCGUUUAAAGAGCUGAAAAGAGCCGAAGAGAAGCCGAAAAACACCGAACCUCUCCCGACUCUCCCACUCCUCCUCCUCCUCCUCCUCGGGCUGCUUCUUCAUCUCUGACCGGAGAACCGGACAGGAAAACUCGGACUCACUAAGGACCAUGAAACUGUUCCUCGCUCGUCCCUGUCCUUAGAGAGAGAGAGAGAGAGUGUGUGUGUGCGUGAUCCAGGAUGGGGUUCGGUCGGGAUCUAAGGAACUCCCAUGAGGGCUUACUGAAGCUGCAGGACUGGGAGCUGAAGCUGCUGGAGACGGUGAAGCGUUUUAUGACUCUGCGGGUGAAGAGUGAUAAAGACUACGCCGCUCUGCUGCUCAGCAUGACUCAGCAAACUGAGAAACAGGAAGCAGCUGAUUACAUCAGCACCGUCAGCAAGUCCUGGUCUCAGGUGAUCCGUCAGACGGAGGCGUUGGGUCGAGUCAUGAGGAGUCACGCUGACGAUCUGAACUCCGGUCCUCUUCAUCGUCUCGCCACGCUGAUCCGCGACAAACAGCAGGUGAAGAAGAGCUACCAGAGUCUUCAUCAGCAGCUGGAGAGCCACAACCACAAGGUAACCAGGAGUGAUCUGGACAAACUGAAGACGACGUAUCGCCAGCUGAGUCGCGAUGCUAACAGCGCUAAAGAGAAAUACAGAGAAGCUGUGGCAAAAGGCCGGGAGGCAGAGCGUGCCCGGGAACGUUAUGACAAAGCGACAGCGAAGCUCCACAACCUUCACAACCAGUACGUGUUAGCGGUGUGCGGCGCUCGGACGCAGCAGGACGAACACAGACGCCACGCUGCUCCAGCGCUUCUCGACGCCCUCCAGAGGAUGCAGGAGGACAUGACGCUCGCCCUUAAAAGUAUUCUGGAGGAGUACUGUGAGAUCAGCAGUCUGCUGACAGAGGAGAUCGUGAAGGUUCAUCAGGAGAUCUCUGUAGCUGUCGAGCAGAUUGACCCGCUCGCAGAGUACCAACACUUCAUAGACGCCUACAGGUCUCCAGAGACGCCCGAGGCGAGUGUAGAGUUUGACCCGUCUUUGCUGGAGGAGACGGACAACCUGCCGGCCAACGACAUCCUCUGGAACACGCUGACCUCAGACAGCCUUCAGGCCAUGUUGUUGUCGGCGACCGAGGAGCUGACGCUGACUCAGCAGAAUCUGCGGACAAAGGAGGCGCUGGCUGUUGACUUGGACACUAAAAUCCAGACGAGUCAGCAGAGCCCAGAGAGAAAGAGCGACUGCGUCCUGCUGCUCAGUCAGAAACUCUCUCUCCUCGAGCUUCAUCAAGCCGUCCAAUCACUGCGUGGCUCUGAGGCUCGCCUCGCCUCCCAGAAGGCACUGCUGGAUGCAAAGAUGGCUGCCGCAGCCACACCGCCGCCCCCUCCCCCUCCCCCUGCGCUGCCUUAUGAGGACGACGCCCGCUCUGUUAGCUCCACGGUAAAGACGCAUCAAAGGAGUUCUCGGUUUGACACUCUGCGUCACUCUCUGGCCGGGAUGAUCCGCUCUCCUAAAGCCAUGCUAGGCUCCUCCUCCUCUCAGUUCUUUGAUGUGAUCCCAACCUCAGAGCGCCCCCUGGCGGAGCAGGAGUGGUACCAUGGAGCCAUCCCCCGAACUGAAGCACAGGAGUUACUACGGCAACAGGGAGACUUCCUGGUGAGGGAGAGUCACGGCAAACCGGGCGAGUACGUCCUGUCUGUGUUCUCUGAUGAGCAGAGACGCCACUUCAUCAUCCAGUACGCUGACAGUCAGUAUCGUUUUGAAGGGACCGGGUUCUCGACCAUCCCUCAACUCAUUGAGCAUCAUUUCUCCACCAAACACGUCAUCACAAAGAAGUCGGGGGUCGUGCUGCUUAACCCCGUCGUUAAGGAUAAAAAAUGGAUCCUGAAUCACGAGGACGUGACGCUGGGCGAGCUGCUGGGAAAGGGUAACUUCGGGGAGGUGUUCAAAGGAACGCUGCAGCGAGACAAAAUGCAGGUUGCUGUCAAAACAUGUAAAGAAGAUUUACCUCCAGAGCUGAAGAUUCGCUUCCUGUCUGAGGCCAGGAUCCUUAAGCAGUACGACCAUCCAAACAUCGUGAAGCUGAUUGGUGUUUGUACUCAACGACAGCCGAUCUACAUUGUCAUGGAGCUGGUUCCAGGUGGAGACUUCCUGUCUUUUCUGAGGAAGAAGAAGGACGAGCUGAAGACGAAGCAGCUGGUCCGUUUCUCUGUCGAUGCUGCUGCUGGGAUGGCGUACCUGGAGAGUAAGAACUGUAUCCACAGGGACCUGGCAGCGAGGAACUGUCUGGUGGGUGAGGGCAGUGUGUUGAAGAUCAGUGAUUUUGGGAUGAGCCGACAGGAGGACGAUGGGAUUUAUUCUUCAUCAGGAUUAAAACAGAUCCCCAUAAAGUGGACCGCUCCAGAGGCCCUCAAUUAUGGUCGUUACAGCUCAGAGAGUGAUGUUUGGAGUUAUGGAAUCCUGCUGUGGGAGACCUUCAGUUUGGGGGUGUGUCCUUAUCCUGGAAUGACCAAUCAGCAAGCUCGAGAGCAGGUGGAGAAAGGUUACAGGAUGGCGUGUCCUCAGCGUUGCCCUGACGAUGUGUACAAAGUGAUGCAACGAUGCUGGCAGUACAACCCCGAAGACAGACCCAAGUUCAUCGAGCUGCAGCGAGACCUCGCCGCCAUCAAGAAAAAGUGACGACAUCACCUCGCCACCAUCAAGUAAAAGUGAUGACAUCACCUCGCCGCCAUCAAGUAAAAGUGAUGACAUCACCUCGCCGCCAUCAAGUAAAAGUGAUGACAUCACCUCGCUGCCAUCAAGUAAAAGUGAUGACAUCAUCACAUACCUCGCCACUUUCUGAAAGAAGUGAUGAUGUCAUCACUCCCCUGGCCAUCAUCAGACUUCCGUGUUUUUGUUGUAGACUGUGGGCGUGGUCACACUGUUUUUUUAAAGGAAAGCUUUAAAACACUAGAGUUCAGCCGUGAUGUCAUCACGCACUGAGCAUGUCUGUUAGCGAACAGAAACAAACGGGAACUUCUCAUUUAGCUUUUGUAAGAAUAAACUCUUCAUCACCGCAGUUUAUACGUGAACGAGCGGUUUGAACUGUUAGCCUAACAGUAGCGUAGCAUUAGCUUAGCAGUCGAUACCUUCAAACACAAACUUUAUUAACGUCUGUAAAUAUCGACAUGACUCGUUUUAUUUAUUUAUUUUGUUUCAAACAUUCAGAAAUAAAAAAAGGUGCCAAAACAAUAAAAGGUGCAUGCAACGCCACGCCCCCUUCACACUAAUACUUUGUUACCAUGGCAACUGUUUGAACCCUAGAAAUGUCUUCACAUCUGAGGACCAAUCAGCUCUCUUUAUACCUUAUUUUAAUUUAUUUAACUUUUGAUGUUAAACUGAACUUUAUUUUGAAAAACCAGCUGUCACUCAUGACACAGGCCACGCCCACACAAGUUUUUUUUUUUUAAGAUUUCAUUUAAAUUUUGUUCCACAAAAACGUGAAACAGUUCCGAUUAUUUUAAAUAAAAAAAUUCUGUUUGUUUUUUUAUUUUUUAUAAAUAAAUCCUCAGCACUUACUUGUUUACUUCCUGGUUUUCAUGGUGACCGAAAAGUUUCAGAUUAAUUUCUAUAUGCUUCAAAUUCCAGUCUGUCUGAUUGGUCAGCAUCACUUCAUGCUGGUGAUGUCAUAGCUGCUACUGUCGCUGUAAAUAAAGUUAAUUUAAUGUUUGUUUUUUAAAUGUUUGAGUUUUUACACUUUUAUGUUGAAACACUAAUCUUUGUAUUUUAUAUUUGUUUAAACUCUUUAUAAAAACACUAUCGUAUCAUUUAUUACAAAAAUCAAUAAAACAAUAAAAACACA